ACUGAAACACUUCAAGAGUGGCACUGCCAUCCUUUCUUUCAGUUCGCGAGUUUGAACGCACACAAAACAUUUAUUUACAUUAAAUUAAAUUAAACAUAAUACAAUAUAAUAUGAUGGCGGUGCGAUUUGACAUUUGAACCAAAACCUAUCUCAUCGACGAAGAAGAAGGUACGGCAAUGAUGAUGAUGAUGGUGCAGGAGGAAGAGAUGGAGAUAGAAGAUUCACAGGUGUUUGUUGCUCAUGAGAUUGAUUUGGAUUAUGAGUUCGACGCAGUUCGAUUCUUCGAUUUCAGUGUGCAAGAAACUCCUGAUCAAGCUCGCCAAGCUCAACUCUGGUUUCAAUCCGCCGUCAGCUACCCUCCUUCCCCUUUUGUGGUGAAGCUAGUGGUGAGAGAGGACGAAUCAGAGGGUCGGGAAUGCGCAACCACCGUUCACGGUGCCAAGCCUAACAAUGUUCCGUCGGGGAUUGGAUUUUCGCGCUCCGUUUUUCACUAUGACGGUGGUUCAAAAGGAGGGGAUGAUAGCGGGAACAUCUCUGCCUUGCUGAGUGGAGUUCCACGGGAUGUUAACGGGAAACUGUUACAAGUAACUCCAGGACUGACCUUUAGUAGCAAGACAAUCAAUGGCAAUUUGAGUUCAAAAGUUAAACCUGCUGCCAUGAAGGGUUCAACACUAAUGAAACCUACUGCUAGUCAGUUGGCUAAGCAAAAUCGGCCCCAUCAAAUUGUUAGCUCAAGGUUUCAGAAAGUACAAGAUGGCAACAAAAAAAUGAAUUUGUCUACGUCUUUUGGCAUAGAGUGUCAAGCUGCCAAACGACAGAAAUUAGAAGGUGGCAGCUUGCACAAGGUUGGUGAUGUGAAGCAGCAAGUUAAUUUUGUCCACAAGGCACCUAAGAAGGUUGCAAGUGUUGAUCAAAAUUGUGGACAUUCCAAGCUGAAGAUUACAAUUCCUAGAGAGCCUGACUUAGAAACAGCUCACAGAGCACAAAGGAUUAGACCUAAAAAUGCUGCAGAGGCAGAAGUUGUGACAGUGGCAGCCCCCAGAUUCAAAGCCCGGCCAUUAAACAGAAAAAUUCUAAAUGCUCCUUCGUUACCAUUUUCCAAGAGGAGCACACCCCGAUUGCCUGAAUUUCAAGAAUUUCAUCUCAAGACACAGGAGAGGGCCAUGCAGCAUACAUCCGCGUCUUCAUCAUCUUCACUUCAUUGCAAUGAUUCAAAUAAGGAUUUGGACAAACCUACCACUGUUUCUGCUCAAGAAAAUAGAAUCGGGGAUUUGAGAAGGCCAUCUGGCAUGGGUGUUCCAAAGCAUGAUGGGUUGGAUUUUGCAUAUUGUUUUAAAGCUCGGCCUCUUAAUAAGAAGAUUCUUUCAAGUAAAGGAGAUAUUGGUGUUUUCCGGAACAGAAAGCAGGAAACCACUGUGCCAAUGGAAUUUAACUUCCAUACGGAAAAGAGGAUUCAGCAUAACCCACCAAUUGAACUCUUUAGCAAGAUGUCCCUAACAUCAGAAGUCCAGUCAAAUAAUGGAUCUCACUUGAAGCUGCCUCGGCAUUCUAAAGUGUUUAGAGAGGAUUCAAAAGAAAAUAUAGGGAGUUCUUUUCAUGGGAAUGCAAAGGAAACGCCUUUCAUAUUUGGAGGAAAGCAAAUUCACAGUAGGAGAGAAGGCUGCGACCCUGAAGCCGGUACUCUGUUAACUGCGAGGAGCUGAAAUGGUGCAGGAGCUUGGGUAUUCGAUGACGGCAAUAUAAGCAUUGGUCAAUGUGCAAGAUAGCUGGGAAAAUAUGUCUACGGAGUUGAACUUCAAUUAUGACAUAGCUGAAUCUAACAGGAACCUGACAACUUCCCUCAGAUUUUUUCAAGUACACAGAAUCUUAGAAAAUUACUGUUAGGACAGAAGUUAGCAUACUAAAUUCUGCAUCACUUGUAUCUUGUAAAACUUCCCCUAGAUUACAAUCCGUUAAUAAAAUCGUUAACAGGUAUUACUACAGAGCUGAAU